AUGGACGUAUUAGUAGAAAAAAUAGUCUCAGAUACGAACAAUCAAUUUUUAAAGGGUAUCAUAUCUUUCCAAGAAAAUUAUGAAAGUAGGACUACAUUUGAAGAAUUGAAUAAAGAACAAUUGCGUGAAAAGCUAUGGAAAAUACUGUUUCAUUAUUUAUCAGAUAAUACACAAUCGUUCAUUCGUUAUAACUGCUUGUCCACUUUACGAAUACUUAGCCGAGAUAAAACAAACAUAAAUGAUUUAGUCACAGACGAAAGAAUAAAUGUUAUAUUAGAUAAUGCAGCUUUAAAGGAUGCAAAUAUCAAUCAAAAUACUUAUACAAAUGUUACUAUUGAAGCUCUCAAAUUGCUUUGUAAUUUGAUAUUCAAUAGUACAAGAGUACAACAAGUUAUACCAACAACAUCUUGUUUAUCAUGUGUUAUUAAACAUAUGAAAAAAUACAGUAAUGUCAUUCCACAAGAAGUAAUGUUAUUUAAUACAAGAAUUAUAUUUCUAAUUACUGCCCUAAACAUUUCCAUGAGACAAAUUGUUAAAACAGAACUGAAUGGAGAUGAGUGUCUCAUAAAAAUGUUGGAGAGCAGUGUUCAGUGUGAAGAUGAAAAAUUAUACACUCUAAAAGAAGACACUGCAACAUUAUCAUGUGAAGUUUUAAAAGCAUUAUUUAAUUUAUACAUAAAUUCCAGUGAUUCAGUAGAGGAAGAAGAAAAGACUAAAAGUCUAGUUUUAAUAUUGUACAAGUUACUAUUAUCUAAAUGUGAAAAGAAGGAUGAUCUUCACAGUAAUAUUGCAAAUUUACUAACAGUGAUACCACAUGGUUAUUAUUCAACAAUCAUUCCACCUACUAAAGAAAACCAUAGAUAUGUGUACCAAGGUAUGGACAUGAGUGCAGUGUAUGUCUUGCUAAAAUUCUUAGAUAAAAGGCUGAAUUAUAAAGACGAUUUGAUAGGGAAUCUUAGUCCAAUUGUCACUGCCUUCAUCAGAAUGGUCAAAGCUGAGAGAUUAAUACGCAAAUAUACCAGGUUACAGAUUUUACCUCCCUUGAUGGACGUGAUGCAUCGUCCAGAAGAAGGGACGACUUUGAGAGCGAAAUUGUGUAAAUUAUUGACUUCACCUUUAACAGAGCUGCGAGAUCUCGUUGCAGAGUUCCUGUUUAUACUCUGUAAAGAGAAUGUCACUCGUAUGGUGAAGUACACAGGUUAUGGAAAUGCAGCUGGUAUGUUUGCAAACAAAGGAUUACUGGGUACAAACAAAAGAAAGUCAGCUUACUCUUCUGAAUCAGAGGACAGUGAAACUGAAGAGUACUUGAAGUAUAAAGAACAGAUCAAUCCAGUAACUGGAUGUUUCGAGCACCCAAAACCAAAUCCUUUAGAAGGAAUGACAGAGGAACAGAAAGAGUAUGAAGCCUUACAACUGGUUGGUCUGGUCGAUAAGCUGACACGGGAGGGACUGGUGCAGCCUUGUAGGAUUGGAGAGGAUGGAAAGCCAAAGCCAAUAGAACAUGUGCUAGAACUGCAAGAAGAACUGCCAAAGCAACAGUAUGGUCAUCGAGACUCUGAUUCUGAUUAA